GUCAAGAAACUGCAAAGGGAGAAAAGACUAGAUGCUAUUGUAGACCGCAACCUAAGUAAGAACUACAAUAUCCAAGAAGUUGAGAUGAUGAUGCAGGUUGCAUUGCUCUGCACCCAAGCGUCACCAGAGGACCGUCCCUUGAUGUCAGAGGUUGUCCGGAUGCUGGAAGGAGAGGGACUCGCUGAGAGGUGGGAAGAAUGGCAACAUGUUGAAGUUACCCGUAGGCAUGAGUACGAGAGACUGCAGAGAAGAUUUGACUGGGGAGAAGAUUCUAUUCAUAACCAGGAUGCUGUUGAGUUGUCUGGUGGAAGAUGAGGUAACAAAAUAUUUGGUGUUUAUAAACCCUAAAAUUUUUGGCCUGAUCAUUGAUUGCAUAAUGUGUCUAAAUAGGCUCAUACAUUUUGCGAGACUAGCUUUCUAGGAUUAUGUUUUUUCCUUUCUAAUUCUUUUAGCAGUCCCAGUUGAAAACUUGCUUCCAAGCCCAUUUUACACGACUUUUUCUUUUUUUCGACUAUCUGUUUUAUGCCUUUCUUAUUUGGUGCUUAUUAAUUACAUUGAUCGAAACAGCCUCACCAUAUGUUGGGUGAAAUUGUGUAUAUUUGAGUCUUUUGAGAUCCCACAUUGGUGGGAGUCUCGAGCACGAAGUCUACCAUUUAUUGAUUAAAUUCCUUCAGGUACCUUAACG